AUGGUAUUAUCGAGACAUGGUUAUGACCUUCAUACCAUCCAUAAAAUAUGCGGCUUCAAAUUCACGUACAAAACAAUCUUAAAUAUAGGAAUUGAAAUGCUUGAUAGAGUUGAAAAAGUACAUCAAUUUUGCUUCAUUUAUAACAACUUUACUCCUCACAAUAUUUUAAUUCCACUACUAAGUGAUAUUGAUUAGGGUACCUUAUAUAUGGUAGAUUUUCGAAAAUGCAGAAAAUUCGAUGAGUCCCCAACAUUUUAGAACGAGAUUAUCUAAGCAAAAUUGGACGAUCUUGAGUCUUUAUUUUUUAUGCUGUGCUAUUUGGUAAAGGGUUAACUACCAUGGAGUAAGCCAGGCUAAACUGGGCAAGAAAUAUUCAAGAAAGAAGCUAGGAGUAAAAUAAGAGUUCAAUAGCUCUAGGAUUACUUCAUAGACAUGGACGAGGAUUUUAUCAAAUUUUUUAGAUAGCUAAAGCACUUAGAAAGAGUUUAUAAAAACAAACAAUAAAAUGAUGAUUAAAGGUCUCUGAAAUACUUUGCGGAAGACCCCUUUAACAAUAAUUAAUAAUUGACAAAGAUAGACUAUAGUAAAUUCAGAACCAUACUUUUUGAAGCACUCUACAAGCACUAAAGUGAUAAACCCUACAGAUUUGAUUGGUACCCGGUAUUAACUAAAAUUCAAAGGCAUAACAGGAAAUAAGGAUAGACUAAUAAUCUUAAUAACAGUGUGUAAUCAGCGAAAGGAAGGUCUAAUAGUAAUUCUAAGCCAGUUAAUAAAACAGCAUCAUUAAUAUAUCAAAGGUAUGCUUCUGCUUCGUUUAAAAAAGGAAAUCCAAGUUAAAAUGAGGAUGGAAUUGAAAGUGAAUCUUCUUAUCGAAUAUAAUCAAACUCCUAAUAAAAUAUAAAGCCAGAAGAUCAUUAGAAUUCUCUUUAGAUCCGUAAAAUGAAUCCAAAUUUAUUGUAUCCCUCUGAGUAAUUCAAGCAAUUAUUUGAUGGAUUAAUACCAGAUGAUAUAAAGUAAGAGUAAAUGCAACAAUAAUAACAAUUUUUAAAUGUCAAGAGUUCAAAAUUUAAGUAGCAAACUCAACCUAGAUCUUUAAGAUUAAAAAGAGAGCGAUCAAGGAGCGUAAAAUAUGAUGAUGAGAAUGAGUAAUACAAGCCACUCAUUGAUAAUUUAGAUGAUAUUUUUAGUGAUCUAGAUAAAAAGUAAGAUGAUUAUAUGAGGAUAAGGACGAAACAAGAAUAACCUCAUUUAUUCCAUAGCCCUUCCUUUUCUCAAAGUGAUAUGGAUUAAUUUUCAGCAGAUAUAGCAUCACCUGCACUUAUUGGGGAAAAAAAAUCAUUUAUGUUAGGAGAGUUAUUGCGACCUGCAACUUAGCAAAAUGAUCCCGACUAACAAUCAGCCUCAAUAUCUAGGGAUGAUAAUCAAGCUGGUGAUUCAAGUAUUCAAGAAGCUGGUGAAGAGAGUAAGGAAGAAAUAGUAAAGAGCUAAUUAGAUUUCAGUGCUAUUUACUCAAGUGAAGAUGAUUUUUAGUUAAAAUUUGAGUAGAACAAAAAUAAGAAUUAAAAGCAAAGAAAAGUAUCUUAAUUCGGCGAUCCAAAUAGAAAAAAUAAGAUCUCACUGGAAGAGGAGGAAAGCAAAAGUUUAAACUUUAUGCAACAGAAUUUACAAAAUAUAAUCAACUAAUAAGACCUUUAGUAUGAAGAGUGUAAUUCAUAUACUAUAGAUUAAUGUAGUAUCGGGGAAUUUGAUGAGGGAUUGUCUCAAGACGAUUGUAUUAUCCCUCAUUUAGAAACUAAAUCAAAUGUAAAAUGGAUGAAAAGGUAAGAAGAGUCUAAAUAAAGUUAAGUUAGCUCUCUAAAUGCUAUUUAACCCUGUAAAUAAUAACCUCAAUUUAAAGAAUCAAGUUUCUCUUUCAAGGGAAAAUUCAAUAAUUCUAUCAUGAAAAAAUGA